GCCAAAGAUCGGCACCAACAGUCGUGCAAGUCGUUUGGAGCAUCCAUGUCGGCGGCGUUGGGGUCCUCGGCGGUAAAACCCGUGAUCAAGAACUCGACCAUGGACCAAGACCUGCUGGAUGAAGUCAUAUGGGUAGCUCAGGCCGCGAUCGAAUCCGAAGUCAAUGAACAGUUUAUCGCUGCUAAGAUCAAGCGGCACUUCGAGCUCAAGUACCACGGAAUGUUGUGGCACUGCUGCGUCGGGCGCAACGUCGCAUGCUACGUGACCCACGAGCAGUCCAAGUUCCUGUACUUUUAUAUUGGACAGAUGGCAGUCGUGCUGUUUGCAACGGCGUAGUGCCUCCGAACAAGUUACAUACCAUGGGUUCAUCAUUUUUGCUACUGCCAAGAUGCCAUCAAAAUCAUUCAGUCUGAAUCAAACUCCCCAUCAACACUCGAGUCAAGGCAUUGAGUGGCUGUCGGAAGUAGUAAGAGUUGUAGCAGAUAAGAAUCCACACCAAGAAAUGCACUGUACAUGAUGAUA